UAGAGCAGAUGCUUCCACACCCACACAGAAGAGAGGCUGCUUGCACCUUCAAAGAUGCUUGUCUGUCGAUACCAUCUAUCACGUUGGAUAUUUGUUCUGCUUAUCUGUUAUCUACAAUUUUGGGAUCCAGUAUCCUCAGACCCCCAUCCGGCCAUCCCCCCAACACCCUCCCUCACCCAGGCCUCCUCUGUAGGCAACACCAUCCUGGGGGCUGUGGUCCUAGUCUGUCAGGCCCCUGAGGGCCCUGGAGGGACCCUGUUCAGACUCCACCGGGUUAAAAAGCUGGUGGACUCCAUUACUUUCCCCAGUGAGAGACAGGAGGCCCGGUUCACAGUGAGAGUGAAGGAGGAUUCAGCCCGGGAGGAUAUAUACUGCUGCCUGUAUCAGAACAGCCAGGGGAUGUAUAGCUCAUACAGCCACUAUAUGACUCUGAAACAACAAGCCUCUCCUAGAGCUCUUCCUCCUCCUCCUCCUCCUCCUCCACCCCUCCUCUCAGUUGAUCCCCCAGGUGGUCUGGUGAAGCGCGGCCAGACAUUAUCCUUCCACUGCUCCCCCCCUCCUCCUCACUCCCAGCAGAGCCCCAAACCAGAGGCAUUUCUACUGCUGUGGACAGCUAAAGCGACUGGGGACUCCGUGGUCUACCCCCAGGCCUCCCUGGCGUCCCGCUCCACAGCCCAGACCGGAGCCUUCCGCCUGGGGCCUGUGAGGGGAGGUGAGGGGGGGUCCUACACCUGCCUCUACCAGGUUACAGUGCCUUGUCAGGGACCGACUAAUUCAACUGCCAGUCAUCCAGUUCUUGUCACGGUCACAGAGCUAUUGCCGGUGCCCACUCUCUCGCUCCAGAGGCAGGCUGGAGAGUGGGCCUUGGUGUGUACCGGCUCACCUGCCUUCCCUGGUGCCCGCUUCUCUCUAUACCAGCUGGGAAGUAGCUUCCCUGAUGCCACCCGUAGUGCCCCCGUUACCCGCCACCGGGCCCUUUUUGCUCUCUCGUCCCUGCCUGCCCAGGACGGCCCGCUGUCGGACCAGUACCAGUGCCAAUACAGUGCCCUGCUGGGAGCAGAGUGGAGCCACUCAGAGAGAAGUCCACCACUGGCUGUGUCGAGAGUCAUAGAAAAGACCACCACCUCCCCUCCCUCUUCGCCAGGGCUGACUGGUGUGGACUGGCCUCUGGUGGUGGGAUCUCUUUCUGCUCUAGUUCUGGUCAUCACUGCAAUGGUGGGCAUGGGUGUGGCGGUGCAGAGGAAAGUUAAGGCAAUGGCGGAAGAAAAGCGUAAAAGGGAGGGGGCUCUUCUAUGGGCCAAGCUUCAUUCCGGGGACCAUGUCCUUGACCUUACCCUAAAACGUGUCAGCAUUACCUCUCAGACCUUACCCUCAAACAUGUCAGCAUUACUUCUCAGACCUUACCCUCAAACAUGUCAGCAUUACUUCUCAGACCUUACCCUCAAACGUGUCAGCAUUACCUCUCAGGAAUGGGGUAACGACGACAGAGCAGCAGAGACAGCCUUCAGCAGGUCCCCUCCAUGGAGAACUCCCUCUACGUUUGGCAACACACCAUCCUCCUGACCUCCUUCACCUCUCCCUCUUUCCCUCUAUUCACUCGCUCUCUCUCUCUAUCUAUUUUUCUGUCUAUCUUCUUAUGUCUCUCUCCCUGACCCCUCUCAUCUCUAUACUCUUCACGCUCUCUGUCCUUCUUUGCGAACUUUCAUUCUCUCUGUCACCUUCUCUUUCCCUCUCUUCUCUCUUCUCUCUCUCCCUGAACCCUUUCCCUCUCUAUCCUUCUCUUCCUUUUCUAUCUCUAUUUAUUUAUCUAAAAGGUAAACCUACUGACUCUCUCUCCUCCCCUCCCUCCCUCCCUCCCUCUCCCUGUUUACAUGUUUGCCAGUAAACCUAGCAGUGACUACAGGAAGAGAGAAAAGAGAUAUGUCCACAUUUCCUCUAACAUGUGUUGUUUCACAAGUUUGCAAUAGGUCACUUCCGCUGAAUCUGAUUGAAUUUCAUAAGUUGUUUCAUGUACAUAAAAUCUAUUUUAUAAUAAAAGCUGUAAUUUAAUUAUAAUCUAGCUGCUUCAUAGCUCAUUUAUGUUUGAGUGUGAUGCAUUAAAGGGGAAGUUCACCAAUUUGUACAUUUAGACUUAUUUUCACUCUUUCUGAAAAUAAGGCACAUGUAAAAAUGUGUGAACUUCCUCUUUAAUCAACAGUUUCUCCAUUUGCCCAACUUUUUUUUUUACAUUGAAGUUCCUUGAAAGAGACACUAGAGGGCACUCCAUGCAGAGUUUGUACUUUUACAGUGAUAGCUUUUCUUUUACAAUUUGUUUGUUUGGAAAUGAUUGAACAUACAUCAGUUCAGCUCCACCUCACCAAUUUAAUGUCUCACCCACAGUUACAGCAAACGCUAGAACUCUGGAAUAAUGUGUUCACAAUAAAUACAGGAGAGGUAACCACA